AUGGCUGGUGCCAAGAUAAAGGGCAUCACAUUUUGCCCACCAGCCUAUUCUGUUCCCAUUGACGAGCUUAAAUCAGCCAUCACAAAGAAUACUCGUGCAAUUCUCAUCAGCACUCCACAUAAUCUAACUGGAAAGAUGUUUAUUAGGGUGGAGCUUGGUACUAUCGCAUCACUUUGCAUUGAGAAUGAUGUACUAGUUUUCACUGAUGAAGUUUAUGAUAAAUUGGCUUUCGAAACAGAUCACAUUUCUAUGGCCCCCCUUCCAGAAAUGUAUGAACGGACUUGGGCGGCUGCAUUUGCUCUCAGAGCCCCAGAAUCCUACUAUGUUGAGCUAAAGAGGGAUUACAUGGCAAAGAAGGAAAUCUUGGUUGAGGGGUUGAAGGCUGUUGGUUUUAAAGUAUUUCCAUCAAGUGGGACCUACUUUGUCGUUGUUGAUCACACCCCUUUCGGCCUGGAAAAUGAUAUUGCAUUUUGUGAGUAUCUGAUCAAGGAAGUCGGGGUGGUAGCAAUCCCAACAAGUGUAUUUUACUUGAACCCGGAAGAUGGAAAGAAUUUGGUGAGAUUCACCUUCUGCAAAGAUGAAGAAACUCUGAAGGCUGCAGUCGAGAGGAAGAAGGAGAAGCUGAAGAGAAAAUAA